CCCAGCCUGGGGAGCGGGGCUGUGCAGGGCAGGGCAGGACGGAGCGGGGCUGGCGGGGGCGAGCCGCACGGAGCGGGGGCCGUGGACUGACGACUGACGACGGACCCACGGACCGACUGACGCCUCCGGAGGCUUCCCAGCCGGGGCGGAUCGAGGAGGCGGAGGGGGAGGCUCCGGGGAGCCCGGCGGCUGCGGCGGCGACACCGGAGUCUGCUGACCGGACCGGAGGAGGGUCGGGAGGGCGGUGAGGAGAGCGCGGGGGGAGGCAGGUGCGGCGGCGGCGGCGGCGGCGGCGGCGCCGCCCCCCUCCCCCCAGGAUGCCCUCUGGAGUCCUGACGCAGCGCGCUCCAGCGGCCCGGACCCGCCGCUCCCGGACCAGCGCUCCGAGGGUUCUGCCUAGCUCCAGACUCGGGUGAUGGAGCCGUCCCUGAGGCUGCUCCGGAGGCUUCCGCAGGCGCCGGGCUCCAGGGGUGUCGCAGCCAAGUUGUGAUGGGAGCCGGGAUCCGCCUGCAAGCAGAGCGAGCGGGAGCUGAGGCCGCCCGGACCAUGCGAGGCUGAGCCGGGGGCUGGAGGCGGCCCCCAGGCCGCCGCCCCCCGCGAGGGAAUGGCCAAACCCUUCUUCAGACUCCAGAAGCUCCUGCGGCGCACCCAGUUCCUGCUCUUCGUGGUCACGGCCGCCUACCUGAUGGCGGGAAGCCUCCUGCUUCUGCAGCGGUCCCGCCUGGCCCUGGCGCCCCAGGGGCCGCGGCCCGCGCCCAGCCCGCUGCAGGCUCUGCCCGUGGCGGCCGUGGCCCUGGGCGUCGGCCUCCUGGACGGCGGCCCCGGACCUCCCGAAGGUCCCCGGCUGCUCCUGGGAGUAGACGUGCUUCACCGGCCGCCCGGGGCCGAGCCCAGGCUGGGGCCCCGCUGGCUCAUGGCCCGCAACUCGGAGCUCCGGCAGCUCCGGCGCCACAGGUUCCGUCACCUUGUGAGUGAGCGGGAAGGAGCUCGGGGCCCGGGCCCCCGAGCUGGAGACCCCAAGGCCUUGAAAGAGGCCGCCGAGAGCCAAGGCUCCUACAUGGGCUGCUUCGUUGACAGUGUCCAGGACAGGACCCUGAAGGGAGCUGUGUUCUAUGACUUGAGGAAGAUGACAGUGUCUAACUGUCAGGAAGCCUGUGCUGAGCGGUCCUACAUCUACGCAGGCCUCCAAUACGGCACCGAGUGUUACUGUGGGAACCGGCUCCCCAAGAGGAGCUCCAAGGCAGAGGAGUGCAACCGGGAGUGUCGAGGGGAGAAGGGCUCCGUGUGCGGGGGGCUCAACCGGCUCUCCAUCUACCACGUCGGGGGGCUCUCUCUCAGUCCCGCCAAACGAAGGACGGUCAUCUACCGGGGAUGUUUCCGAGUGCCUGGGAACCUCACUGACACCUUGGCCAACUCUUUAACCCAGCCCAACCUGACAGUGGAGAUGUGUUCACAGCUUUGCUCCAAUAAAGAGUUCCCGCUGGCCGUGAUCAGGGGCCCCGAGUGCUUCUGUGGCUUCCCCACCCCGAGGUUCAGCCUGCAUGAUGCGGUGGACAGCUCCCUGUGCUCCUGGGGCCCUGAGACCCCAGGCUGGGGGGAUUACUGCGUGGUCUACCAGACGCCCAUCCAAGACACUCGGUGCACCGACAGGCGCUUCCUGCCCAGCAAAGCCAAGGUCUUCGUGGCGCUGUCCAGCUUCCCAGGUGCCGGCAACACAUGGGCGCGCCACCUCAUCGAGCACGCCACGGGUUUCUACACUGGCAGCUACUACUUCGAUGGGGCGCUCUAUAACAAAGGUUUUAAAGGGGAGAAAGACCACUGGAGGAGCCGAAGGACCAUCUGCGUGAAGACCCACGAGAGUGGGAAGAGAGAGAUCGAGAUGUUCGAUGCCGCCAUUCUGCUCAUACGCAACCCGUACAGGUCACUCAUGGCGGAGUUUAACCGGAAGUGCGCCGGCCACUUGGGAUACGCCACAGACAGGAACUGGAAGAGUCAAGAGUGGCCCGACUUCGUCAACAGCUAUGCAUCCUGGUGGUCGUCCCACGUCCUGGACUGGCUCAAGUACGGCAAGCGGCUCUUGGUCGUCCACUACGAGGACCUGCGCCGGAGCCUCCUCCCCAAGCUGAGGGAGAUGGUGGCCUUCCUGAACGUAUCGGUGACAGAAGAGCGGCUCCUCUGCGUGGAGAGCAACAGGGAAGGCAGCUUCCGGAGGGUGGGGGGGCGGCUGCGAGAACCCGAGCAAGCCUUCACGGCCGAGAUGAAGGAGCUCAUCGAUGGCUACAUUCGGACUGUGGACCGGGCCCUGCGGGAGAGGAACUGGACGGGCUUGCCCAGCGAGUAUGUGCCCAGAUGAUGGGGCCCUGGCACACGGACCGGGCACUGCCCCGCUCCCAGCACCCCCAACCGUGCUCACCCACAAGCUCCUGUGAACACACACUGGCCCCCUGACACCCUCGUGCACACACUUACAGGCUCACACUCUCACACACUCAGAGUCUCCUGUAGCCACACACUCAUUCACUCACACACACCCUCCCUCACACACAUGCACUUAUGCACACUUACGUCCCUCACAGGUGCACGCUUUCACAUACAUACAUAUUCACCCAGGUGCACACUCCCAAGCAUAUGUACAUACUCUCCCACACAUGCAGUCACACACACUCACACACACACACACACACAGAUACACUCCCACAUAUACUCACACACACUCACACACACACCUAGACACACACACUCAGACACACACUCACACUCACACUCUCCUGUAGCCACACAUUCACACACACACACACAUCCUCCCUCACACACAUGCACUUACACACACUUACACACGUCCCUCACAGGUGCACACUUUCACAUACAUACAUAUUCACCCAGACGCACACUCACAAGCAUAUGUACAUAGUCUCCUACACAUGCAGUCACACACACUCUCACACUCACACACACUCACUCACACACACACACACACUCCCACACUGGCUCUCAGAAGCUCCAUAGGUUUACAGCCCCAGUGCCUUGCUGGGGUUGGCCAGGGGAGGCAGUUUUCUUUGGCUCUGGAGGCACCCCGCGACUCUCCCUAACCAUGGCAGUGCCACAAGCUGGAGGCUGGACACGAGGGCACAGACUGAGCCAAACCUGCUUUGGGGUGUCCUAUGAAAGGCUGAGGACCUGAGCAGCUGCAGUGACUCCGUGGGCUGCUAGUCUGGAGAAAGCCUCCCGGGCACUCAGAUCUGCAGAAUGGGAUUGAUCGUCAUAAUCUAUGAGUCGCCCCUGCCAAAACAGACACCCCGGCCAUGUCUCAGAGACCUCCAUUAAGUCCCCCAUCUCCAUCUCAGGCUCCCCAGAAGCUCAUGGCCACAUUGCCUCCUUCUGGGCCUUGGGGGAUGAACAGAGGGAAGGAAGCAGGAUCCAGAAGCUGGCCAGCAGCCCUCGCUCCAGUGGGGGUGAAGAAGGCCUGCUGAAGGACCCCUGGGCUGCGGCCGGGCUUCAGCCUGAGUAGGAGGCUCAUAGCUCCUGAGGAAGCCUGGAUUUGGGAGUGGGGAAGAGGCCGGCUAGGCAGCAUCUCAGGGGGCACAGAGAGGGGCUUCCUCUGCCCCUGGCUGCAGUUUCUUGGGAAAAUGGGAUGGUUGGCUCUGUUCUUCUGUCUCCUGUAAUAACCUGGCCUUUCUGGUCUGCCUGUGUUCUUGGUGUGUGUCUGUCCUGCUCAAAACUCUCCCCCCCAUCCUCUCUCUCUGCUCUUUUUGGUUCUCUGUGUGCUGGGACCUUGAGAAGAUGGCCUGGGUAUGGUCCAUGAUGGUCAAGAGAAGUGACCUGAGGCAGGUGGCAGACAGCAGGCAUUUAUUAGCCUGUGCCCAGUCCUGAGGGCACAGAGAGAGGCAGCCCUUGCCCAGCAGGUCCAGCAUAAUGGCGGGGGCGCACUCAAAUUUCCUUAAAGCUAAGCCCUGCCUAUGCUAGGAGCAUUUCCUAAGUAAAAGAGUGGCCCCAGAGUAGACUGCACAGCCAAGGGGCUGGAGGCUGCAAUUUGGGGGAGUGUCAGGAGGCCCUCCGAGCCUGGGGAGUCCCUCCCUUCUCUAAGUGUCUGAGUCUCUGAACAUACCCUGAGAAGUGUCCAGAGAAAGCCCUUGUGUGCUUGUGCAGUUAUGGCAACUCACCGAGUGUGAGCUCCAGGGGUGUGGAUGCUUCCCAGAUCUGUCCCCCCUCGCUCAUUCCUUGGAAGCCCUUGGUGGUCGAGGAGAAUUGCUCACCAUUGUGCUAACUUGCCUUCCUGUGGUGGUUGAAGGCUUCCAAAGCUCAUCCGUCCUAUCACAACCCAAUAGGUUAUGCUGAUACUUUCUCCCCUGUUUUACAGAUGAGGAGCCUGAGGAUCAGGGAGUUCCCAUGGUUUAGUCCAUGACAUUUAGCACCAGAGCUAAGCCCUGAUUCCGUGAUCUUAAGUUUAGAGCUGCAGUUACACAUGCUUUGCUGUCCAAGUGAAGACACAGUACUGCCCUGAAGGAAGACCCGGCUCUCCUUGUGGUGAGCAUGGGAGCCCCUUUGAGGUGCCUGUUUCUGGGAAUCCUCCUUAGACCUGACAAGACCUGGCCAGUGCCCUCCCCUGGGGGCCCUUAGUGGCCCUAUCCCUGCACUUCUCAGGCAGAUUCUAGUGAGGGAACUUUGGGGCUCUCUACCCUCAUUUUGGAAAGUGUCCGUGUAUCGGUUAGCCUUCUCUGGGAAUCAGUGAGAGCCUUUGGCUUUUCCAUGCUCUCCCUUGCCUUUUUUGCAUUGAAACACUUCCUAAAGCAGGUUGAGUCAGCAUUACCAGGUUGAGGCCCCAUUACACGAUGGGGCCAUGUUUGCACUGAUGAGGGAGGGAAGGGCCUUUCUAGGAAUCAGAGCUCUUCAAAUAUUUGCAAAUAGUGUGUAGCUUUCUGGGAUCCUCCAAGCAAGAUUACUGGCUGAUGACCAAUGAGAUGGAAGCAGGAGCAACAGAAACCUACCUGUGCAAGAGCCAAGCAGGAGAAGGUUUGCCAAUCCUCCUGACAGGGUCAGGGGGAGCAUGUAGAGAUGGCUCCGAGGCUUCAGAACUACUCUCUUACCGAAUACGUGUCCCCUUGCCUUGAAGGGCUCAUGAUGAAGGAGCCUGUGGACAAGGAGGAAGCUGGUUUUAGCUUUGGUGCUGAUGUGUGGUUCAUAGCAAAGAUUCUGCAAAGAGAUCCCAAAGAUCCUUUAUUUUGAUCAUUUUGGUCAUUGGUAGUGUUUCUGUGAGCAUGGGCACAGGGUAAGGUUUGGUUCAAAAGCAAGUGAUGAAAGUGGCCAAAGACAUUUCUGUGACUGACUCUAAAAUGUCUCACUUAUCUAUCACGCCUACCUUUCGAGCUGGACUUGAUCAGCAUGGAAUGACUUCAUAAAAGGGGAUCUGACUUUGUUUUAAUAGCUAAGGGAUAAACAUGGUAGAUGUAGGGAUCAUUUUGGGCUUCACUGUCUUCAUGCAGCCUGGUUAGAGCCAAAAUUGAUGUUCACUAGCUACCAUGCUAAUGUGGGCUCUGACUCAUGGGCUCUGAAAAGUGAACUUAGGCUUAAGAGUCAACAUGACCUCAGCAUUGUGAAGAAGGCAAGUCAAGUAGGAAAAUAAGGCAACCUUGGCAAUGGUCCUGCCCAUUCAGCCAGCAUGUUCUGGUCAUGGGGCCAUGGGGCUUAAAGCUGAGAGAGACCAUGGCAGUCUCUAGUCCAGAUCAUACCCAAAGGAAUCCCAACGUGGCAAUCCAACAAGUAGGAGGAAGGUGUCCCUGACUGUCCAAGGCAGCCCACUCCCUCCUGGAACAGCUCAAAUUGUAAGGACCGUCAGCCUCUUUGAAUUGUCCAGCUCCAGCUCCUGACUCUGCCCUGUGGGAUCAGAGGGCAACUUACAUCACUCUUCUAUAUGAGGGUCCUUUAGAGCUUGAAAAUAGAUAUUCCAUAAACAAUUAUUUCAGUUGUUACUAGAAGUAUAAAAAUGGACUAAUUAAUCAAUCCCAGGCUCCCAAACUGAGAUCAAGUAUGGAUUAGAUUUGGUGGCCUGCAAGGUCCCUCUGAGCCCCUAAAUUCAGGGAUUCUGGAAUCUCCCAGAUGUCCCAGAUCUCAGUGGACAUCUAGUUCAAUCUGUUAUACCUCAAAUCAAACUUUCCACAAUCUAUCCAGCAAGUGUCCAUCCAGAUUCUAAGCCUGCCCAUCUCUUUGAGUCUUGGAGCAGAUCUAAUAGAAGGUUUCUACAAAUCAAGACUAAAUGGACAUCUUUGCAACUUCUUCUACUGUUCUCUGCUCUCCGAGACCAAACCAUACAAAUACAACUCUCUCAACCAUGGCAACUCUUCAAGUAUUUGAAAACAGCUAUCAGGCUCCCCCCAAGUCUUUUCCUCUUCAGGCUAAACAUGCCCAGUCCAUUCACCCAGUCCUUAAGUGGCCUGGUCUGAGAGUUCUCCCUCCUGGCUUCCUUUCUGUGAAUGUACUUUAGUUCAUCAAUGUCUUUCCUAAAAUGCAUCCCACUCUAUGACAGCCAAAUGUGUCUUCCUCAGGGUUGGGUACUCUGGCUCCAGUGAGGCUCAGUAGCUCCUUACUGCAGCCCAGUAAAGCUCUCCUUUUCCCUGAUUUCCAUAUGGCACCAUUGACCUAUGUCGGACAUUAGUGUCUUGUCCAGAAGAGGAACAUGAUGACUGUUGAAUUGGCUAAAUCCCCAGGUUGCUUUCAGAUGAGCUUCUGCCCAGCCACACCUCACUGAGCUGCUUUUGGUGGAUUUUGAAAUUCUAAUUUAGAACUUUCCAUUACAUUUCAUCCUAUUAGAUUCAGCCCACAUUCUAGCUGUCACAGUCCCGACUCUGCCAUUUGGGGUGUUAGCUAUACCUCUCAGCAAAUUAAAUCAAUGCCAUCUGUGCCUUCAUACCAGUCAGGAACAUUUUGAAUGGCUCAGGACCAAGGACAGCUCCCCCCUUUAAUAGCUUCAUCCCCCAGGCCAGGUCAUUCUUGACUAUUUUGGGGGGCCUGGAGAGAAUUAGGGUUCAUUUCAACCCUUCUGAAUUCACCUAACUGCAUUGUGGUCUAGCUUCCAACUUUCUGUAUGAGCCACAGGGAGAGGAAAGAGCUUUUGUAUCAUAUUUAAUGGAAAGAUGAGCAAAUAAUAUUUAAAGUGCUUCUUCCACUGGCCAGUUAUCCUGGGGUAAGGGCAGGGAAGAAGGCAGAAUAAAGCUAGUCUGCCCUGAUCUUUUCUUGGUAGCUCUUUGGCUAGCUCUUUGGGACCUUUGCUUCCUUUUUUGGAUAGAUUCACUAACCUUCUCUUUUAUGAUGCAUUCAAGAAUUUUGCCCAGAAUUAAAGACAGACUCUCUGGC